AUGUCGUUUACGUUUAGUAUUCGGCAAGGACCUGCGCGCCUCGCGCAGCGUCUACCCGAGAUUACCAGGAGCAGCACCUCAAUCCUGCGCUCCUCUGCUGCCGGUUUCCCCGCCCGCGGCUUCCACCAAGCGGCUGCCAAGAAGCAGCAGCAGGCCAUCGUGUCCCGCCUCGCGACGCCGACAAUGACGCGCAAUGCCUUUCGACAACCCGGAACUCGAUUCUACAGCCAAAAUCGCGGACAGUACCAGCAAGCGGCCUCAUCGACGACGAUGAGCGGCAGCGGCUACCGCAAGGUGCUGAUCGGCGGCGCCAUCUUUGGCGGCACACUCAUGGCAAUCAACGUGGUGUUUAACCGGGAGACGCGCGAGGACGGCGGCAUGCCCGUUUACGAGCGUGAGUACCUCAACAACACCUUUCUGCACACGGGUCUGGGUGUCGGCAUUAUUGCACUGACGGCCCGGCAGAUGGUGCAGUCGGGCUUCGUAUACCGCAUCAUGACGACGAACCCAUGGGUAGUUGGCCUGGGUGGUCUGGCGCUGAGCUUUGCCACCAUGAUUGGCACGCGUUCCAUUAGCCCCGAUAACUACGUCCCCAAGUACGCCCUCUGGACUGCCUUCAACGCCACUCAGGCCGCUUUCGUCGCCCCGAUGCUCGCUUUUCUCCCCGGCGCCCUGCUCGCCCGCGCCGGCCUCUACACUGUUGCCAUGAUGGGCUCCAUCGCCAUUGUCGGCGCCACUGCCAAGCAGGAGAAGUACCUAUACAUUGGCGGUCCCCUGCUCGCCGGCGCCGCCAUUGUCGCCGCCUCGGGCUUCGCCCCGCUCCUGCUUCCCGUUACGGCCGUUCGCACGCUCGCCUUUACCGAGAACAUUUGGCUGUACGGUGGCCUCGCCGUCUUUGGCGGCUUCACCCUCUACGAUGUGCAAAAGGUACUGCACCACGCGCGUCUGGCCCAGGCCGGCUACAUGAAGCGCGAUCCCGUGAAUGAGAGUAUUGCGUUUGAGCUGGAUUUUCUAAACAUUUUCAUUCGCAUGGUGCAGAUCCUGUCGACAAACCAGCGUCGCAAGUAA